AUGCACGUGGCUGCCCUUCCCUGCCUGAGUCUGAUCCUGCUUCUCUGGAGCCCGGGGCCAUGGGUCCAGGGACAAGAAUUCCAGUUUGGGCCCUGCCGAGUAGAAGGUGUAGUUCUCCAGAAACUGUGGCAGGCCUUCUGGGCCGUGAAGGACAUCGUGCAAGCCCAGGAUAACAUCACGAGUGUCCAGCUGCUGCGGAAAGAGGUUCUGCAGAACAUCCCGGAGACUGAGAGCUGCCACCUCAUCCACGCCCUGCUGAGGUUCUACGUGAACACUGUCUUCAAAAGCUACCGUGACAAGGCGGUUAAAUUCGGGAUCCUGAAGUCAUUCUCUACUCUGGCCAACAACUUCUUUGUCAUCUUGUCAAAACUGCAAGCCAGUCAGGAAAAGAUGCUUUCCACCCGCGAGACUGCACGCAGGCGAUUUUUGCUGUUCCACCGAGCAUUUAAACAGUUGGACAGAGAAGCGGCUGUGACCAAAGCCUUUGGAGAAAUGGACAUUCUCUUGAGCUGGAUGGAGAAAUUCUACCAGCUCUGAAGGCCGAGACCAGGAUACCCUCCUUCUGCUCCGCGUCAUUUCAGACGAGGGUCCCUUCCCGUGAUGUCCUCUGGGCACUUCACACUCUUGAC